AUGCAAGAAACUGGCUUAUCAUUUACAUCAGCGUUGGCUAUCGGAGCAAAAUUUCACAAGAAUUGCUGCACAUAUCAUUUUGCAGCGCCAGCAUACUUUUACCCUGUGUAUCGAGAAAUCGAUGCAACAGUAAGUGAAUGCUUAGUUGACCCAAUGUUUACUUCAUUGGAAGAACUAAUUAACGAUGAUCCGGACGAAAGAGAUAUUGAGACUGCUGCAGAACUAAUCACGAGUCAUGGCAACACAUUACUGAAGAUCAGACCUGGCAAAUGUGAUAAUUUUAUCGUUGCAUUACGGACACAUCUUUGUGAGGGCGAUUUCAAACCUGCAACUCGACGACUGAUAUUGCAGGUUCGUACAUGCAUUACAGACAAAGCGCAAAAAUCAAGUUCAUAG